CUGUGCUCAACAUCAACAUUGGCUGAGAUAACUUAAAUAGUUGGAAAGAAGUUGCACAGGGCAAGAUAACCACAGCUGUCUGAGCUACUGCCGCGUUUCAUCCGACGAGCAAACACCAGAAGCAAGCGUGGUCCCUUUGUUUGUUUGUUUGUUUGUUUGCAGGUAAACGGAGUUAAAAGCAGGUGUGAGUAUCUAACAGCUAGCUCGUAAGCUAACAGUUUAGAGGGGAAGAUGAACGGCCAGCUGAACGGUUUCCAUAACAACUCGCUCAUUGAUGAAGACUGCUUCCUCUUCACGUCUGAGUCGGUCGGUGAAGGACACCCUGAUAAGAUCUGUGACCAAAUCAGUGAUGCUGUGUUGGAUGCUCACCUUAGACAAGACCCUGACGCCAAAGUAGCAUGUGAGACUGUUGCUAAGACGGGGAUGAUCCUGCUGGCAGGGGAGAUCACCUCUAGGGCCAACGUCGACUACCAGAAGGUUGUCAGGGACACAAUCAGACACAUUGGUUAUGACGACUCCUCCAAAGGUUUUGACUAUAAAACCUGCAAUGUGCUGGUGGCGUUGGAGCAGCAGUCCCCUGACAUUGCACAGGGCGUUCACCUUGACCGAAAAGAAGAGGACGUGGGAGCCGGUGACCAGGGUCUGAUGUUUGGGUAUGCCACUGAUGAGACGGAGGAGUGUAUGCCCCUCACAAUUGUCCUGGCCCACAAGCUCAAUGCCAAGAUGGCUGAAUUGCGCCGCGAUGGAACACUACCGUGGCUCCGACCUGAUUCCAAAACUCAGGUGACUGUUCAGUACAGGCAGGAUCGAGGCGCUAUGGUGCCGCUGCGUGUCCACACAGUUGUGGUCUCUGUGCAGCACGAUGAGAAUGUGAGUUUGGACGAGAUGUACCACUGUCUGAAGGAGCAGGUGGUGAAAGCUGUGAUUCCCAGUGGAUACCUGGAUGAUGAAACCAUAUAUCAUCUGCAGCCUAGUGGACGCUUUGUCAUUGGAGGACCACAGGGUGAUGCUGGUCUGACCGGCCGUAAGAUCAUUGUGGAUACUUAUGGGGGUUGGGGUGCCCAUGGAGGCGGAGCAUUUUCCGGUAAGGACUACACAAAGGUGGAUCGCUCUGCUGCCUAUGCUGCACGCUGGGUGGCUAAAUCUCUGGUGAAAUCUGGGCUCUGCAAGCGGGUGUUGGUCCAGGUAUCCUAUGCAAUUGGAGUUGCACAUCCGCUGUCUAUCUCCAUCUUCCACUACGGGACCUCGCAGAAGAGCGAAAAGGAGCUGCUGGGCAUUGUUAUGAGGAACUUUGACCUCCGUCCAGGAGUAAUCGUGAGGGAUCUUGACCUGAGGAAGGCCAUCUACCAGCGCACAGCAGCUUACGGUCACUUUGGUCGUGACGUCUUUUCAUGGGAGGUGCCCAAGACGCUGAAAUUCUGAACCCCUUCUCUAAUGUUCAUGCAGGUGUAAUACAGAUAAACCUGUUUCUUUUGCUCUAUACUUUCCUUCCUCUUCCUCCUCUUUCCUUUUUCUCCUCACACACACAAUCAUGUCACCACAGCCUCUCCUACAUGAUAAUCUGACCUUCCUCCACCUAUAAGUAUUGUACACAUUUUAAGGACAAAACAAUAGUAUGUCAGAUGCCGAGAUAUUAAAUUAAAAACAAAAUAUUUAAAGACGAUUUCCUAAAGGACCAUGUGAGUAUUAACCACCAUUGACUGUGUUUUGUAGGAAAAUAUCUAGUAUUGCUUAGCUUUUAAAUUGAGGAUCUCAGUGAAGUAGUCAUUUCCUAUUCAACCUGAUUAUGUUAUGGCUAAUGGCUGUUUGGAAAGCACUUGUCCAGUGUUAAAACUGCUUAUUUCCUUACAUGUGCCGUCCCUUCAGGCCACUUUUGUUCUGACGUUUUACAGAGAAGUCAGAAGCUGCUAAUGACCAUGUGGUCAUGUUGGGCUGCAUUGUAAAACCACUGCAUUUUUGUAAAUGAUCUUGUGGGUUUAUGCCAUGUGAAUGUUCCAGAUGAUAGUUGUCAAAUUUCUACUUACCAAGAUGAAAACGAGAUACACUUUUCCCCCUCUCCUGAGACUGACACUGGGUGUAGCUACAGAGAAACCCAGGCUCUGUCACCUCUGGGGAGGGAGUGCCUUUAUCCACAGUUACUACUUGAAAUAAUUUACACUAUGGAGUAAGACUACUGUGAGACUAAAAGGUAAAGCCAGGAGAAAAUGUGCGCUUUAAGUGGCACACAUUUAGGGUUCUCUGACACAUACGAACAGAGAGCAGAUGACCAAGACAAAGAGCUAACAGGCUGCUCAUUGAGAAGAUGUGAACAGUAGUACCAUGUCUCACAUUCAGAGGUUUUUUUUUUUUGUGGAUUUGGGAUCAGAUAUGUUACUUAUAGCUUAGCACAGGUUCUGAUAGUCACCAAAAUUAUGUUUCUACAUGUGCAAUCUUUUCAACUGAUUGAGAUUGAAGUUUAAAAUUUUCUUUUACUUAAUUUAUUAAAAAAAAAAAAAAACAAGCCUAUUCAUACUUUAAAACAAACUCCAGCAGAACAAGUCUGAUUCUUACAUGAAUCAAUUUUAAAUGUAUAAGGGUUUGUCGAAGUUUGCUUUGUCCUUGUUCUUUUUUAGGCAGGUUUAUGGAAUAAGCUUUAAUGCAGAUACAUUGAGGAAACAUUUGGUUAGGUGAGACUUGCAAGAUUUAAGCCUGACCCACAGUAUUGGCCUUUGUCAGGAUAGAUGUGCAACUGGAGAAGCAUCAAUCUUAAACUGCAAGCCUGAGUGAAAUAAGGAAACCAUAGCUAGAACAUAGUUGGAGCUGAGUCGACUCACGUAGCUAGGUGGCACUGUUUGUUAUUUAUUAUACUGAUUUUUUUUUUUUUUCUACUCUGCUGAUGUCUUAUCUUACGUUUGUGUCUUCUGGCACCACCCUGUGGGUACAUACGCUUACUCCAGACAACCUCGUAUAGGCGCCAUUGUGUAGAUUGUGCUAAAAGCAUUCAAGGCCACUCUUUUUGUGACCUUCUGAUGAAACAACACAUUCUCCCACAGGUGAUUUUUUUUUUUUUUUUUUUUUUUUUUUAACCAAUAUGUUUGCAUCCUCUUACUCAUCCACAGAGGAGACAAUUGAUUGGUUGGUGUUGUACAGAGAAACCAGCCUGUUUACAUGGUCUCCUGUGAAGGGUUUGAGGAUUUUUUCUGUUAUAGAUACUGAUACUUUUUAAUUACUGGAAGUAAGUCUGUCAGUGUGGUUGCUGAUUGUGUAAAAGUGCCUUCUUUAACCCACUUCCUCCCAAAAUCACCCCUAACCUUUUGACCCUGUCCCACUCCCACCCAGCAUCCUCCCACUUAUUUCUGUCCUGUCAUUGCACAUUUUCCCUAUUCAAUGAUUCAAAUCAAGGACCCUAUUUGUUGUUGAGUUUCUCUUUCUAAACUUCAAAUAAAGUGCAUCCUUCUCUGUGCUCAUGG